GUCGCUCAGCUGUGCGUCACAUGUCGGGCGCCGCGAGUCCUUCUCCUGUGCGGAUCGCUGUUAAACGUACGAGUCUAACGAUCCGGCUAGGACGCCGUCUACCAUCGGACCCCCGUCUAACGUCGGCGCGCGUUAGCCACGUAUUAUUAUGCUGUCAGCCGUGUGCACGCGAGCGCAUCGCCACGAAUCGAUCACGAAGUGCCUCGAAUAUGCGGACGGCGUGACGAACGCGGGCGACGGUGCACGCCGCUUUGUUGAUACGCUAAGUUCUGUGUUCAGGCCACGGAGGCCGCCGCGCGCUCGUCCCUUGAGCGCUUAAAGAUCCUGAUCGUACACGUACAGGGAUCGCCCUAUUACCCUACUCCCCCUCCCCUGCGUACUUUUAAACGCACCGCCACCGCCGUCGGUGGCAGGUACAUAACGGCGUGAUUGGUACGUGAUUGGUACGUGACCGUAGGGAGCUGCUGGUCGUUACGAUGACCUAAAGGGAGAUAAGAAAAAAGGGAAGCGCGAGCCUCCUUAGGAAUUCGCUCGUGCGAGCGGCGGCGUGCUCGAGAGUUACAAGAAUCAUCUUUCGGGAGUGCGCGUCGUCAGCCGUUUACCUCGCGUUUGGAAUUUUAAACUUUUACGCGUUAUCCCUGCGCGAGUGACUCUGUGAAUCGCGUUCGCUGUGCGUUUUCGGCAAGUUCCACCGGUCCAAUUCGUCUCUCUCUUCGAACACUUGUCGAACCGAGAGAGAGAGAGAGAGAGAGAGAGAGAGAGGGAGUGAUAGAGCGUUCGAAAACGCGUCGCAGGACAGGGACAGUGGAAACGAGUGCGCCGAGUGGACAGGAGCGGAGUACGUCAAGGACAGAAGUGUAAAGUGUAAAGUUGAUCGUGUGAAUGUUUCGCGUCGCGUUGCGCGUCCAACGAGUGCCUCGCACAACGGGACUCCGCGCUCGAAAACGAUCGAUGAGAACGAUCGAAUGAUCCUCCGCUACGAAGAAGAAGAAGAAGAAGAAGAAGAAGAGAGAGUGAGAGAGAGAGUGAGAAAGCGAGGGACAGGAAUUGUUCUGAUUUGCGCGAAACCGAGUGAUAUCGCGUCGCCUGGUAGAAGCAACGAAUAAUGUCGACGGGCAAGAGGCUGGCAAAGCGCAGCAUAAUCGGCACCAGGGUGUGCGCUCCCGGUCAGGACGGCAAGUACUACAGCGGCGCCAUUUGCGCCGUGAAGACGCCGCAGACCGCCGAGUCACCGGGGCAGAAGAGCGUCACGGGCACGAGCAAGACUCUGUACUCCGUACGCUUCGACAUCACCGGCGGCAGUCCGCCGAGUCCGAAGGAGUACACCGACCGCGAUCUCAUCGGACCGGGCUUCGGUUCCGUCACUGGCGCGCGAUUGGUACCCGGUCAGAAGGUUUAUCUAACGUACAACGGUAGGGAGAUUCACGCGGAGGUCACGGAGCAUCGCCAGCAUCUCGACGAGGUGGACGUGGUCAUUGCCCCGAACGGGCAAGAGGGUACUAUGAGCCUAACCAAACGUAUAGACGAAAUCAGGUUGCUCGAAUCACGUAAGAGUGCACGACUCGCCGAUCAAGACACGGAUUUCGCCAGACUCGCCGAUAUGGCUGGCGAUCGCAAGCGGGCGUCCUCCCACUCUAUCGACGUGCCACACGUAAUGGCAUCCAGGAAACGGCGGCCGAGCUCGAACAAUGAUUCCGAACGGACAUACAGCGGUUGGGGCGAGAGGGUGGUCUGCGGACGUGAGGGUUGUCGCACCAACGAACGCGGUGAUUGCAUGGACGAAUGCGCUGCCGCCCUGGUCCUUAUGUCGCUCUCGUGCUCACCUCACAGCCCUCACAACCCCCCGCCACUUCACUGCCAAUACAAUUACGGUUCCUGGGGGAGUCGUGGAGGCGGAGGCGGAGGCAUGAUCGCCGGCUCACCGGGAGUCGGCGGUAUGUCGAAUAGCAGUAGCAGCAGCGGGGCUUCCUGGCGAAGCGGCACUCCCAGUCCACCCCUUAGCGAGGAGGGUGUACCGACGAGAAGCUCCCCGUGUCCGGCGGCCUCGCAUCCCUCGCACAAUCAGCCGCACUACCCCUACAACACGUCCGGCUCGUCGUCGAGCAGCACCCCGGGCUCGACCACGCUGGACGAGGGAAUAGUGCCCGACUAUAUUGAGGAGCAACACCCACGUAAAAAGAUCCGAGCGAAAGUCAACCAGGACCCGAUCGAGACCGAGCCAGGCGCUUGCGCGACUUUCGAAAGCGAACAGGCGAAUGCGGCAGUGGUCUUCAAAUGCAAUUGGCCGGGUUGCCUCGAAAUCAAGGCGACCGUCGCACUUAUUGAAGAACAUGUGCGCCAGUCACAUCUGCUUCUGGGCCCAAAGAAAUCCAAGGGAUGCGACAGCGAGGACGAUCACGAGGAGGAAUUCUAUUAUCAGGAAGUCGCUGUGGAUCACAUGAGUUCACCUCCCACGAUGUCUCACCGGGACAUGGCAAGACCACCGCACGAGGACCCAGAGUAUCAAAAGCAGCUUCGUCUAGAGGCGACUCCUGCCGCGAGUAACUUUAUCGAGAACGGAAUGGUCGGUGUCAGGGAACCGAGCAACACGUUUACGAUCUCGCAAUCGCCGGGUACACCUAAUAAACACAUCAAACUGUCCCCGCGGCCAUUGCAGGCGUGUCAUCAACAGAACAUGACAGCGUCCACGGGCAAGCCGUCCUCUCCGCGGCGAACUCGCAGCGAUGUUAAGAAAUGUCGCAAGAUCUACGGUAUGGAUUCACGUGACCUCUGGUGCACUCAAUGCAGGUGGAAGAAGGCCUGCACCCGUUUCUGCAGCGAAUAGGCCAAGCGUCCGCCCCGUUCGUACGUCCGUGGGCGGAAACCCUUGUCAAGUCGACCCCAGAGUUUGCCAAUGCUACGUUGAACAUUAACACCAACUGCCAAAUGCCAAUCAUCGUCGAAGAUACGGCGUCGAGAAAAAAAGCUCCCGCAUUCGGAGCACGAGACGCGAAACCGCCAAUUAUAUCGCCGGUUGUAGCGAAAAGUGUUACCCUAUGAGUUAUUCCAGCAUAUACCGGGACUUCUCAUGAAAAAGCAAAAAUGCAAAGCUCGUAAAAGCAGCAUCUCUUCCUCUGCUCUCUGUUUCCCGUCGUCGAGACGGCAUGCACGAGUUUCGAAGAGAAACAUCUCACCAUAAUUACGGUUGGCGGGUAGCUCUAUAGGGUUGAUAAUCAGAUAAAAAGGGUGCAUGAUAUAACAUCUUUCUAGUGCUCAUAGAGGAAGUUACCAACGUAAGAUUUGUCUGAACGAUUUCCGCCCGUUCGUGUUUUGCACUUGGCAAACUCCGACCGGGUCCCUUAGCCGUAACGAGGGACUUUUCGAUUAAAAUAGAUAGCGAAUAAUUGGCGUGCGGAGCGAGGCGACCUCAAACUGUUGCAUUCUCUCGCUCCCAACUCGCCUAACAAAGAGAACCUUUUGGUUCGGUAUGAAUGAGACACGCACUCGCACACUCGGGGCGAGCAUGCAUGUCCUUCGAAAUGCUGAUUCCCGAACCGUCUCUUAGGUCAUUGCAAUAGAUCUUCCUUCUUCCGUUAAGAGCGCAAACGUUAACGCGCUCUCGGUAAUGAUGGAACUAAAGGCGUUAGAUCAAUCCUUAGUCAGGGACGCCGUCCGGCCGAUCCCUGGGGAACGAGCGAUCGAAUCUGACGGACGAAGGGAAGACCGGCGGAAUCGAUGCUCGGUCUGACCGAUGUUCAAUGCUAAACGAACGCAGACAAGCAAGAUUGGUAAGUCUCGCGUGGAACAGAGCUGCUAAUUGUGAUAUUGUAUCUAAAUUUAUUGGAUCUGCCGCGAAUCGAGCAGGAAAGCGUAAAGGCGUGUAAAGAAAUGAGAGAAGGAAAGAUAAAAAAAAAAGAAGAAACAAAAUUUUAUACACCAAUUAUACUGCCAGAUAAAUAAUUCAAAAAAAUUGUUGUUCAAGCCUCUCUCUCGCGCGUUAAAGAGGCGCUAUAUGUUGCACGGCAUGCGUCGCCGUAUACCGGACUUAGCCUUGUUAGCCUUCUGACGACCUAAGACCGUAUUCGCCAACAAAGGAGCUGCACGCGCGUAUUGGGGUAGGGCUACGCAGUUGAAUCGAUCGAUCUAAUAUUUGAAGAUUUCGCUCCAGAUCACAUACAUGCACUCAUUAAACACACAGGUACACUUAUAUACAUACACGUACCGCGCAUGUUGCAUCAACAUAUUGGUCAGACGUCAGUUAUUUUACUUGCCUACUAGGGAAGGCAUUAUAAUUAUAAAAUGUAAUCGAUCGAUCAAUUUUACAAUUGUAAUCAAUCGAUUAAUUUUAUAAAUGUAAUACUUACUAGAAACAUUUAUAAAAUAAUCUGAUAUACUGACCGAUAUACGUUGACGCAACAGGCGGUACAUCGCGAGCGCGAAGAAUGGUGACAUCACAUUUGUAUAGUCUAAUCUACGUCAUUUCUUUUAUACUCCUUUCUCGCUUCGGGUCGUUCGCGGGACGAUUUAUCCACUCGAAUCGAUUAUUUCGAAAUACAACGUUUGAUCUCGAUAAUUUUUCUAAUGUAGCGAUAACGAAUGGACACUUGCAAAUUUUAUACGUUGACAAAUUUGAUGAGACAAACUUUGCAAGCAAGCGCUAUGUCCUAAGAGGAUUCAACAUUAAUGACUUCUGAUUUCUCAUCGUA